AGGUCCGAGCCGCUCGACAGCGACUUGCGAAAUGCCUGCGACUGGUUCCAGGAGGGGUAUCAAUUCGUUCUGGGUUGGUUGGCUCCGCGCGUCGUCAUCGGUACGCUAUUUGUGGUAGACCAACAGUUUUCACUUUGCCGUACCGGACUGACCGAGCAGGGGUUGAAGACCCUAAUACAGGAUCCGGAAAUUCUCAUGUCUACCGAUGGUGAGAGAAGUGGUACGCAAAGGAAAUGGGGUAAAAAGACUGUCGAGAAAGCUGAGGGAAACGGGAGUAAUCCUUGCUCCGAAGAAGCAGCCCAGUCGAUGAAAUGUCUCCAUGAUAAUGCCUUUGAUCGUGAUAAGUGCGAAACCUUUUUUGACAAUUAUAAUGAGUGCAAAAAGUUCUGGACGGCAGUGAAGCAGCAUAGGGUGCAAAAUGGAAUUUCUCCACCUCUACCACCACUUGCUGAGCGCGCUGCAAUCAAACAACGAUUCAGGGAAACUGGAAGAAUAGACUAA